AUGUCAACAUGUUGGGAGUGCGGCAAACCUUUCCCUUCGGGCAGGCGGGCCCUCAAGCAGCACCGCAAAAGUACCAACCAUACAGAAUGCCGCCGGUGCUACGACAUGUUCAACAGCGCGCAGGACCGGCAUUUGAACUUCAAAAUCCACCGUGGCUCGUCGGUCCAGUGCCCUUUGUGCAUGAAGGCAUAUAUUACCGCAACCGGUAUAGUUAACCAUCUCGAAUCUGGCACGUGCCCCAACACGCAGAACCUCUCGCGUGACGCCCUUUACCGCCUUGUCCGCAGCCGUGAUCCGCAGGGCGUCAUCUCUAAGAAGUUAAUCGGUUGGAUUGGUGAGGUGGAAUACGAGGUUACGGUUUACACCUGGAAUGGAUCUGGUUACGAGUAUUAUCUAUGCCACCGCGUUUUCCAAAAGAUACAAAGCCUGGACCAGCAUUUGAAAUCUCCCGUCCCCCCUUCCUGUGGGCGCGGCGACAGUUUCGGUUUAACGGCGUGGACGUGGAAUUUCGUAGAUCAACAAUUAUAUUAUUACUGCCCGAAAGUAACCUGCCGCAGCGAAUUUAAAACUCUGGCAUCCCUCAUUAGCCACCUCGAAAGCGAGUUUUGCGGAUAUAUACGAUUCAGCAGCGUUCAAAACCGGGUUAAAGAGAUGAUGUUUGGUGGGAAGCUCAUUGGACAUUAG